AUGCGCUUCUUCAGUGCCAAGUGGAUCGAUCUGUAUACAUACCAUGAACGUAAUGCCGGAAGGCUUGUGAUCGACCCCAAGGAAGCGAGAAUCGAGUUCGGAGAAGAGUUUGCAAAGCGAUUGAAGUUGUCGUCCGAUGGUACUAAGGUGCUAUGGCCGCAACCAACCGAUGAUCCAGAGGAUCCGCAGAACUGGUCGGAUCGCCGGAAGAACUUCCAGCUGUUCAUCAUAACACUGGCAGCUAUCGUCCCGGACUUUGACUCCGGUAUCGGCAUUGCAUCCAUCUUUCAGCUGGCUCAGACUUACAAUACCACCACGGGUGUCAUCAAUAACUUGACAUCGAAGUACGUGCUUGCGUUCGAAGGGUGGGGAAGCAUCGUCGCUGUCAUGCUGAUGCGACGAUACGGGAGACUGCCUGUUCUGUUCUGGUCGCAGGCGAGUGCCUUGUGUCUCAAGCUCAAUGGUCUUUACGUUGUUACAGACCUCUUCCCGUUCCAUUUGCAGGCGAGAAAGUUGAACGUAUGGACCAUGGGGUUCAUCAUAUCUCCCUUCCUGUCGCCAUUCGCGUUCGGAUUUCUCGCUGCACGUGCAAACUGGCGAUGGACAUACGGCAUUGGUUCGAUGUAUGGUGGCUUCGUGGUCUUCAUGAUCACGUUCUUCCUCGAAGAGUCUAUGUAUGACCGCUCUCUCCCAGACCCGAAGCCGAUUCCAAGACCGAGAUGGCGCAUGGCUAAGUAUCGUGCCCGUUGGCGGACCGUGGUAUGGGCAUGUGUAGAUCUCGUCUGGCGGCCGCAUAUUUUUAGCAUCCUGUCUUUGAGGUGGGGGAUAAUCUUUGGCUUCACUACAGGUAUAAACACGACGAACGCAGUCAUCCUUGCCGAAGCGCCUCCGAAGGGUUACGGCUUCAGUGAAUAUGCUAUCGCUGGUGCUUACGGCACACCCAUCGUGGCCGUGAUCUUGGGCGAGCAGAUCGGGCACUAUCUGAACGACUGGAUCAUGGAAGUCUGCAUCCGCCGAAACAAGGGUGUCUUCGAGGCUGAGAUGCGGCUCUGGGCUUGUUACAUCGCGGUUGCGCUGUAUAUUGCUGGCUUUGUCGUCCUCGGAGCAUGCAUGGAACGGCUCAACAUCGCUGGGCUAGUCCUCGGCUGGGGCAUAGCGCAGUGUGUAGUGGUCUUCAACACUGUUGCAGUCUAUGCGUAUUGUAACGACUGCUUCCCAGACAGGCAGGGUGAGAUAUCUGCUCUUGUAAACCUCUGCCGGACGCUGGGCGGCUUCAGCGUCGCCUACUUUCAAGUCCCUUGGGCAACGAAGUACGGCGCAUUGCAGACAUUCGGCGUCGAGGCAGCGAUUGUUGCCGGGCUGUUCCUGCUGAUCGUGCCCGCGCUUCAAGUCAAGGGUGCUUACCUCAGGGUAAGAAGCAGAUUGGUCGUUUCUCUGGAUAGACUCUCAGUGUGGGAGUCUGCGUGGAAGAUGGUCACUUAUUUCUACCCGUCGUCCCUUCUGCCACGUGUCUGA